AUGGUUGUUGUCCUCGUCAUGGCCAUUCUAGGCGUCACCGGUAUCCUCGCCCAGAUGGUUCACCACGUCCCUUCGUUCACGUAUCUCGGUUGCUCCAAGGUCGAUCUGACUUGCUUCGGCAAGCCCAUGACGUUCUCCAACGGCCUGACCCCGGAGACUUGCCAGAGAGCCUGCCAGGGCCAUCUGCUUGCCGCCAUCUUCCCCGACUCCUGCCGCUGCGGUGACGAUGCAAACUCCAUCACGAUAAUCGACGAGAGCGUUUGUGACCACCCCUGCAUGGGCAACGCGGCUCUGGGAGCCUGUGGCGGCGCGCGUCCUGACGAGGGCCCUGGUAUCGGUAAUGUCUAUGGACGAACUGGCUCCGCAACGCAAGUGCCCAGGCCUGUCACCACGAACACGGUAAAAUCCCUUUCCCUCUCAUUUCCUUCUGCUGCAUACUCGACUUGCUCGGAGCGCCCGGCGUCGCUGGCAACCUCCCAGGCGGCAUCGCCAGCCUCGCCGCUCGGGCCAGCUCCGGGCGUGCCAACGGCGUUCCCGGCCCACUCGGCUCUCCCAUCCGCUCCCGCGCUGCCAUCCUUUCCACCGGCUUCGAAGUCGAGUGAAUGCCCCGAGACUCCCUGUUCGGAGGCGGAGGCGUCCACGACCAGACCAUCAAAGUCCCUCACGCCAUCGCCGAAAAGUCCAGGCCAACCUGCGGAGCCUCCGUCCUACGGAGCGCCCACCUUGCCAACGCCGGAGACGGUUGUCACAGACAAGCCCAAGACCAAGACUCGUGUGCAUCCACAUCCAUCUACCCAUCCCCGACACGCGGCCUCGUCUUCGGCACCCUCCUGCAGCCCCGACACGCCGUCCCAGAGCGCCAACGACGACACAUCGGCCGGAGGCAACUGCACCUCGAUUGAGUCGGAUUCGAUCCCUCCCGAGACGACGCUGUGGCCCAAGGCGCCCGAUGGCUUGGAACCUCAAGUCCAGCCACCAGCUCCCUCACAGGUGCCCGGCUCCGAGUCGACCCACAGCCAUGUCCCGCUCUUUACGACCAUCGGGGGGCUGGCCUUGGUCGCGGCGGUGAUGAUGUAG